CGGCUUGGUUCAUUAGUGCGAGAAUCCAGUAAGAAGGGGCAUGUAAGACAGACAGAGUUACACAGUGGCCAGGGAAGGACCUUCCAAUUCCGCUCACGACCUCAUCCUUGUUGUCGGAGGUGUUUUAGUUCCUAUAGUGACUUGGACACAAGGAAAAGUGUAUAUCUCCACAGAGGUGUCAAUGUUGCUCUUUUGAAGGAUAUUACAACUGUACUGGAAUCGGAGCAUCUUUAGCGGGAGUGAAAUUAAGCCACCGGUCUUUUUUGCACUAGCGAAACAGUCCUUUCUAUCAGCUGCGAGAGGGCGACAGUCCGUCGGACUUACGCGAGUUACAGGCGAAGUUAUUUCAGAAUAUUACAGUUUCAUCUGGCUCUUUGGAUGCACCGAUGAGAGAUCCAGUUUUUUCAGCGAACGCUAUGGCUUAUCACCCUUUUCACGCGCACAGGCCGGUCGACUUCCCUAUGUCAGCUUUCCUUGCUGCGGCUCAACCCUCCUUCUACCCAGCUCUCACUUUGCCGCCGGGUCUGAGUAAACCGCUGGCGGAUCAUGCGCUCUCCAGCGCGGCAGAGGCUGGAUUGCACGCGGCGCUGGGUCAUCACCACCAAGCGGCUCAUCUCCGCUCCUUCAAAAACAUAGAGCCUGAAGAGGAUGUUGAAGACGAUCCUAAAGUAACAUUAGAGGCUAAAGAGCUUUGGGAUCAAUUCCACAAAAUUGGAACCGAAAUGGUCAUCACAAAAUCGGGAAGGAGAAUGUUUCCUCCUUUUAAAGUGCGCGUGAACGGCCUGGACAAAAAAGCAAAAUAUAUACUUUUGAUGGAUAUUGUUGCAGCAGACGACUGUCGAUACAAAUUUCACAACUCUCGAUGGAUCGUUGCAGGAAAGGCCGAUCCGGAGAUGCCCAAACGAAUGUACAUUCACCCGGAUAGCCCUGCCACGGGUGAACAGUGGAUGGCAAAGCCUGUUGCGUUCAAUAAACUCAAACUGACUAACAAUAUUUCGGAUAAACAUGGCUUUACCAUUCUGAAUUCAAUGCACAAGUACCAGCCGAGGUUUCAUAUCGUUCGAGCCAACGAUAUUCUGAAACUCCCAUACAGCACGUUCAGGACAUAUGUAUUUCCUGAAACGGAUUUUAUAGCCGUCACCGCAUAUCAGAAUGACAAGAUCACACAACUGAAAAUCGAUCAUAAUCCAUUCGCAAAAGGAUUUAGAGAUACGGGAAAUGGAAGAAGAGAAAAAAGAAAACAACUGGGUCUGCCGUCAAUGCGCAUGUAUGAUGAUCAAGGCAAAGUGGAUAGAGAUGGAGGAGAUUCAGACGACUCAUCUUGCGAACAAACUACAAUGAGGGAUUCAGUUCACUCGCCAAAUGGACCAGUAACAAGUCCUCUUAAAUUCAACAUAUCCAGAGGUGACUGCAAUGAAAGUGACCAUGAACUUGAAGAACAUGAUGACAGGUCGAUCAGAGUUAGUAGUCCAGGCCAGGGACCGCCAUCACCAUUGAGCCCACAUUGUGAAGAUAGAGUCAAGGACAAAUCACACCUACAAAAAAAGGGCGAAUACUUGGAUUCAAGGAAGGAAAAUGACUCAAAUUUCAGUAUCAGAAACCUGGAGAAGGACAAGUUGGAUGGAAGAACUUUGAAAGAAUCAGAUACCUCAAAAAAAGAUGGUGACUGUGUGGGCCUUCGAACAGUCAAAGAAGGGUUGUCACCUCUGAUGGUUCAAACAGAGAGCCCAUCACAUUUUAGUGCAAGUCACUUGCAAAGUCUAGCCCUCUCUGGUUUACACAAUCAACAUUUCUUUAACCCACUGAGCACGGGACAACCAUUCUUAUUUCACCCUGGGCAGUUUGCUAUGGCUCCUAGUGCAUUCUCAACUAUGGGCAUGGGACACUUGUUAGCUUCUAUGUCUGGAGUAAGUGGACUAGAGAAUGGCAGCCUCUCCUCUCAAAGUACCAGUUCACCCUACCCUUUCCCAUUCCAAUUGUCGCAACAUAUGCUUGCAUCUCAGGGCAUCUCCAUGCCACCAUUCGGGGGACUGCUAUCCUAUCCGUACACAUACAUGGCGGCUGCAGCUGCAGCAGCUUCCGCUCUCCCUGCCGGCAGUGCCGCGUCCUCCCUUGGUCGGAACCCCUUUCUUAGCAGCACGCGGCCAAGGUUGCGAUUCAGCCCCUAUCAGAUACCAGUAUCUGUUCCCCAGAGCCCGGGCUUGCUAAUCACCGGUUUACCAAAUACUCUGAAUGCGGAGUCAGAGUCAUCAAAACCAGGCAGCAGAGAGGGCAGUCCCAUAUCUGAGCACCAAAGCCAUAAAACUGGAAGCUGCCACAAUUCAGGAUCUCCAAAAUCAUCAGUAAAGGAUUCCAUUAACGAACUGCAGAAUAUACAAAGAUUAGUUAGUGGAUUGGAGAAACGCAGAGACAUGUCCCCAAGUGACGAUUCACCAAAGUGACCACGAUGCUAUAACACACAUCUUGACUAUUGGCAAAUGAUGGCUCAGACAUUGCGACAUCCCUUUUCAAGUGUAUCACAGUCUGGAUUUCGUGGGAAACUGUUACAUUUACGGAUUUCCUAAUGCUGACUGUCAAACGUGUUUAAUUUUGGCAACGAAUUUAUGGACAGAAUUUACGUUAUCUCGUUUAUGGAUUAUUCACCAUAUGCUCACCCACCGUUUCAUGUAUCCACGCAAUUUUUAGGCCUACACCUUUCGGCUUAUAUUUCUCAACUGACUAUUAAUUAUAUCUCUGACAACAUCUGAGGAUGGUGGACGUUUAAGCAACUGGGACAUUGUUUUCUAAUUAUUUAUAAUAAAAGUAAAACACGUUUUGUAAAUACCGUAAAUGGAUUAAAGGAGACUGAUUUUAAUUUAUUUAAAACUGUAUAUUUGUAUGUAAAUACUAUUAGGUCUUAAUUUGUUACAUUUAUAUAUGUAUAUAUAUAUAUAUAUUUCCCCCCCCCAUUUACAAAUAUGAAUAUUAUCAAUAGCGCUUGAUAGCAGAAACCGAAAGUGUCUGGAUGUUUGUGAUAUCCAGAUACGUGAAGGACAUGCCACUGUAAAUCAAAAUAUCCGAUGAUAGGUACAUUUCAAAUUUCAUUUCCUGAUAAUUACACAGCGGUCCAUAGGCAGGGAAAACUCAGGUUUCUUUCUAAUCUUGCAUUGAUAAAGUUAGGCUGCAUUUUCUCUUAUAGGAGAGCUAUCUAUUUAAACAUAUUGGUGCUGGAUUUUCGGGUAAUUUUUUUUUGCAUUCUGUCAAUUUAAAUAAAACGAAGGUUGUCAUUAUGUCGUUUGUACUUCUAACCUAUAUAUAAAUGGACUGUCAGUAGAAA